AUGGAAAGGAUGAUGAAGCACCAAGAGCUAACCAGUGAAAACCAUGAAGCCUUAAUGAAAAAUUUAGAAAGGCAAAUUGGUCAAUUGUCUAAGCAAGCAGUGAUUGAGAGACCAACAAGCUCACUCCUAAGUGAUACCAUUCUGAAUCUUAAAAAAGAAUGCAAAGCCAUCCAGUUAAGGAGUGGAAGAACCUUGGUGAAAGACAAGGAAACUAACAAGAAGCGUAUGGGCAAUGACAAAAGGCCAGCUGAGAAAGAUAAAGCCAAUAACAAGGAAGAAGACAAGCAAGAUCAGGAGAAACUUAAAGAGAAAGAUGAGCAGCCACAAGCUUCAAGAAAAGGGAAACAAGUCAUAGAGGAAUCAUCACAAGAACAGAGGAAGGAAGUGAAGAUUUACACACCUCCUCUGCCAUAUCCUCAGAGACUACAAAAAGAACUCAAUGACCAGCAAUUUCCCAAGUUCCUUGAGGUCUUUAAAAAGCUGGAGAUUAAUAUCCCACUUGCUGAAGCAUUAGAGCAGAUGCCUCUAUAUGCCAAGUUCUUGAAGGAGCUCAUCAACAAAAGGAGAAGCUGGCAUGAGAAAGAAACCAUUAUGCUCACUGAAGAGUGUAGUGCAGUAAUCCAGAAAGGGCUUCCACCAAAAUUCAAGGACCGUAGGAGCUUCUUCUUACCUUGCACCAUUGAAAAUAUAUCCAUUGAUAAGGACCUGUGCGAUUUAGGAGUAAGCAUCAAUCUAAUACCCUAUUCUAUGAUGAGAAGGCUAUGUAUAGAGGAAGUAAAGUCUACACAGAUGUUGUUGGAACUUGUGGAUAAAUCAGUGGUACUUCCCAAAGGAGUGAUUGAAAACCUUUUAGUCAAGGUGGAUAAGUUUAUAUUCCCUACAGACUUUGUAAUCCUGGACCUAGGAGAAGAAGGGAGUGACUCCAUUAUCUUGGGAAGACUAUUCCGGGCCACAGCAAGGGCCAUCAUAGAUGUUGAACAAGGAGAAUUGACCCUAAGAGUACAUGAUGAGAGCAUCACUCUGAAUGUCUUUCCAGAAGCACAACACACUGAUGAAAAGAAAAACUGCAUGAAUGAUGACAAAGAAGACUUGCAUUGGAAGGAAGAAUACAAGGAGAUACUCAUUAGCUCCCCUCUAAAGCAAGAGACAAGCAGCAAAGCAGGACAAAAGGAGAAUGAAACUGUACAAUAUGAUGAGAAAAAGUAA